AUGGAGUUGGGGAGCGAAGACGGAGGCAUCUUCAUCAUGGGCAUGGAGAAAGACGACGACCAGGCGGCCGACCCAGAGCUGCUGCUGCUGCCGCACAUCAUGGACCUCCCGGCAGUCAGGGCGCGCGCGGCGGGGGUGGUGCGGCAAAAAACCCCGCUGGCGUUCCCACGUCAAGGCGGGUGGAUGCACGGAGGCGCCUUCAUCAUGGACGAAGAGAUGAUGACUGAUGAGCUCACGGGAACAAGAAAUCCACUCCAGCUUCGGCACACCUACUAA